GUACGAGUUUUUUCUCUUCUAACUACUUCGAUUUCAAUACAAAGAGAUCGAGUCAGUUGCCACGUGGAAGAUGAUGCUUAUUCGACUUUCGUUUUUUUUUGCACUUUGUGCAUUGGCGCUCGGCAACUUCUACCGUCCACCAAAAAAGUGCUACGUAGAAAAGGUUAGUCCCAAGUACUACUAUGGCUACAAAUACAUUCAUGGAAAACCGUAUAAUUAUUACAAGCAAUCUGGAAAAAAAUGCCAGAGUUCAAAGUACUGGUUCCCAAAAGUUGGAUUUUGUCCAAAUAAAAAAUUCGGUUAUGCAACGAAUGACAAAGAUUGCGACGACCAAAAGUGUCAUACUGCUUACUACUACGCAACUAGCAAAUGCCAUGGCAAAGUAAAGCUCUCUAAAGUGUAUUACUAUAGCGGAAACGAAUGCACUUCUUAUACUUACGGAAAAUCAUGCCAAAAUUACCUUUACCAUGGAUUGACGCCAGGAUACCAUGGACCUGAGCCAGGAUACUAUGAACCGAAACAAGUACAUUACAGCAAAUGCUACUGCUACACGAGCAAGUGCAAACAUCAGUUUAAAGCAUGCUUUAAAUACAAAGGCCAGCAUUACAAGGGCAUAGUAGAAGUAGAGGUACCUUGUGGAUGUUAUUGCUACAAAGGAUAUAAGCAGAACAAUGGUCAUUAUGAUAUAUACUAAAUACUAAAUACUAAGGAACUGGAAAAUAAAAUCGUCUUUUAAAAUUUGUCUGAAAUCAAUUACGUAUUUGUGCAGUGAAGUUUUGGCCUUAUCAUCAACUACUAUUAUUUCUUGCAUAUUACUGAAAUGAUUUUAAAUUUUUGAAUAUCUGUUUUUUGCUUCUGCUUUGCUAUAUUUGAAUUAACAAUUGCCACUUUUCAAAUCUAAGAUGUCGUCUUGAAACUUAACUGAAUCUGUCAACAGGUAAAUUU